GCAGCUGGUUGCAACUGUUCGGGUACGAUAUGAGGAAGAUGAUGGGAGCUAAGUACAUCACCGACAUGGUGUUCCAGCCGAUGACGUCAGUAACGGCACCGCAACUGGCGCCCGACUUCGGUGUUAUGUCUGGACUUCAGUGUAUUAUUGAAAAGGUGAACGACAAGCUAUCAGACAUAGAUUUCGUGCCGACUCCUCUUCUAAAAAUGGAGCCAAUAACACGGAAUCUUCUGCCGCGUGUGUCAUACAAGCGCGGCGUGUUCGGCGAGGGCGUGCUGAUAUCACGCGUGGACGGCAAGGCGUUCAUCAGCGUGGCGGACGGCGCCAACAGUGUCGUUGAGGACGUCAUUACCACCGUCUUCAACAACUCUUACUUCCUCGACGUCCACUUCAGCAUCCACGACCAAGACGUGUUCUACUUCGUUAAAGACAACUCGCUCAAGAUACGAGACGAUAUGGAGGAGCUGCGGAGACUCUCCGGAAAGUUUAAUGUAUCGCAAGAUGAAACCAACGACCAAGGAUCAGAGGUUUGUAACAUUUAUAUAGAUUUUUUUGUUCAACGACUGUUCUUUCUUUGA